AUGGCGUCAGAGAGUCACGAAGAGGAAGAAUACUUUCCGUCUUUUCCUUCAAAACUGUUUCAUAUGGUAGAGAAUGACAAGUACAAUAGGAUAAUUUGGUGGACUGAGGUGAGACAAUAUUUUAUAUUUUUUCUUGUUUAAUAUGGCCGAUGUAGACGAUACCGCUUCGUCCCAAUGAAUGUGAGGGUGCCCACAGUGUACCUUCGGCUUGCAGACCUUCCAAUCAUCGACGCGUUGUCAUGCAGUUAACAUAUGAAUUAAAGUAUACACUUUGUUCCUUGUUCUGCAGAAUGGAGAUGGGUUCUUCAUUUGCAAGGAGAGAGAGUUCGUAAAAUCAGAAAUACUGGACAAGUACAAAGUUAAGAGUUAUGGCAGCUUCACACGACAACUCGGCAAAUGUAAGGACAGUCCGUGUAAUUUUUGUUUUCCUUCCUAAAGACAAGUUGGGCCAUGUGCGGAGUUGUGGGGACUCGGGAGGGGGGCAUUAAACGGAAGCUUUGGUAGGGUGGUGCUUCUGAGGUCUUCCAAAAGAGCUAAAGGGAAAAAUGGAGGAAGCCAAGGAAAGAGGGCAGGGAGCUGGGAAGGUAGGAGGUCUGGACCCCGGGGGUCUGGACCCCCGUGUUCUCCCUGGUACCCUGUUUAAUAAGACAAGAUGUUUUCAAGGCUGUAGCUCUAAGAACACAAAAUGAUUCAUAAUGAUAAAUUAAAUACAAGGUACAUCACUGCAAUUUAUAGGUAAAAAAGUGUGGACCUUCAGUUCAUAAGGCUGUUCGGCGACUUUGAAAGAAACAGUCAUUUAGCAUAUUAUUUUCAUAUAUAAAUGAUUGUAUUAUUAUUUAAUUUGUCUUUUCACUAAAAUUGAGUGCUAAAUUGCUUUUCUGUUACUUGGUAUGCCUUAAUAAGCAGAAAUUGUAAAGAACUGGCCACAAUGUCAUGUAAUAUCAUAUUAUUACAAUUUUAAAAAUAUUUCUAACAAGAAAAUUGAAAUCCAGAAGUUAAAUGUAUGUGGUGAUGUGUAUGUUGAGCAAAAUAAAUUUAAAAUCAGCAGAAUUCUUGUCAUUUGGAUUAUAAACAAACACUGUCUAGAGAUUCCAUUAACAGGGUAUGUUUUAUAAUUUUUUUCAAUCAUGACUAGCUAUAGGUUACUUUGCAUUAUAUUUACACUGUAUGCAUUCAGGCCAUCUCAUAUUACGUGAUGGUGCAAUUUUGCACAAUUGACCUCAAAUUGCAUCCGAUCGCACAAUUUGAGGAAAAUCGCAUAAUUCGUAAAAACAUGCUGAAUUCAAGUAAAGUAAACAAUGAAUCCUAACUUUAAUCAAACAUUUUCCCAAUCUUAAUGUUAUUUAGCAUGAUUUACCACUAAAGAAAGCCUUGCAAGACACCUGAAACCUUCGAUCGCAGUAUCUGGGCAGCCAUUUUGAUUUCAGAGACAAGCAGUUUGGUCAGCGGUGUAACAGCGUCAUGUAAUAUUAAGCAAGUGCUUAAUAUUACAUAAAUAAUUGAACAAAUUUAACUAUUUUGUUUUAAAGUAGAUGUUUUAUUAUUCCUUUACUUUCAAAUUGCCUGUUAAACAACAUAAAAGUGGUUUUUCUCCUUUGAAACCUGGUAAAACGAUGUAAAUUAGCCCUGAAAAAAUCGCAAUAGUUUAUCGCAUAAUAGUCCUAUCUUAUCGCACAAUCUACCCUGAAAAUAUCGCACAAUUUCUUAUUUUUUAUCGCACCCUAUGAGAUGGCCUGUGCAUUGUCUAAGUUUGGUAUGCUUAAACUGACUUUCAACACAGCAUUGCUAUAAUAGUCAUAUUAAUAAUAGUGCAAGUUUUUGUGGUUUCUGGCAGCUUGGGUGGACUAAUUAUUCUAUAAGACUGACCACUCAAGGUAAACCCUGAACAAGUAUGCAAAUUGCCCUGUAAUUUGAUCUUGGCCAGGCUGGUCAAGGUCUCUUGGCAAGCUAGACCAAUUUUUGGCCCUGCCAGCGGUGGCCAGUGCAGGCCAAUUAUAGGCCAAACUUUUCUACUUUUCCUCGCCGGGCUUUGCCAGUUUUGACCCUGGCCAGCAAUGGCCUGUUCAGGCCAUGUAGACCUUGUAUGUCUUUUGCUUUCUCUUCUCAAUUUAGGCCACGGCCAACUGCAGCCAGGCCCGGCCAGGCUGACCCUGUGGCUGUGGCUUCCCGGUUUUUUUAUCCCCUGGCCAACAUGGCCAAAGCCCGGCCACAAGCCGGGCUCACCCCGGCUUUCAGGCCAGGCUUUAACCCCGGUCUGGCUCGGUUCCUGAUGCAAGGGCAUGUACAUUAGCUCUUUUCUUGGGGGAUCCUGCAAGAUGUCUUUAUAUGAGUGGUGAGCAGGUAAAAGGAGUCUUGAGAGGCCAGUGGCAUCCUAUUGGCACUUGCUCUGCUUGCAUUCAAAAUGGAGAUCUUGCUUGCAUGGUUAACCUAUUAUAUCACAACUUGCACCAAUUAGCACUAGGCCUGAGAUAAAUUUUAAUCUGGGUUUCAUGUUCUUUUUUUUAAAAGUACACUCUUGGAUAAAUUUGUCUAUUCUUUUUAGAAAAUCCCAUCAUCAAAUUGUAGACAAAAAGGAACAAAGUUUUGAAUUUUUUUCUAAGCUUUGAUCAUGCAUAUCUGAAUUCAAAUUUGUACUAGCCCUGGGUUAUCUUAAUUAGCUUUUAACAACCUCAGCAUGCCAAGAAAGUUGUGUCCGAUAGCCCAGGGAUAGUGAGGUGUAGUAAAGGAUAGAUAGGGAUAGUGAGUGCUUAGUAAACCUCCCAAGGCCCAAGGACAUGUGCAUCCAUAAAUCGAUGGUUGCACUGCUACAAACUUUUACGGGGAAUUUAUCAGUAAUCUGGCACCGUAUGGGGUGCCCAGAUCAUUCUUUAAUUUGCAAAAUCUUUGCUUUCUAUAAUAAACCUUUCCACUAAAUAUUAAGAAGUUUUCUGUCUCAAUGUUUAUCAAUGGAUGAAAAAAUGGAUUUGCACAAAUUUGCUCCUUCCAAAUAUGUGGCAAAUAUGUAAAUGCUGAGGAGUAAAUAUAUUAUGGCAAAGAUGGUAAAUGCCAUAUUUGCAUACCAAAAAACAGGGGGUGUAAAUAACUAGGCAAACUUGGCAUUUACCAUGUUUGCCUUAUAUUUACCCCUCAGUAUUUGUUUGCGACAUAUUCGCAAGGAGCUAGUUUGUGCAACUUCAUGUUAUCCGUAACAUUUUUUGUAUAAAAUUAACUUUUGUUUGGUACCUAGAAAAAAACCUUUGCAAACUAUGAUGUAAAACAGAUUAUAGUUGUGAAGAAAGUGACUCAUAUGGCUUUGAUGACGCACUAGCUUUUGUCAGUAUUACCCACAGGGUGAAGGUGAUGAGAGGUGCAAAAGACUUUUUUGGAUUAAAACACAAUUUUUUUGGGGUGGGGGAGGGGGUUAAAAAUAUUUGGCUAGUAUUUAACCAAUUAUUGUUUAGAUACACAUGUACACAUGUGUACAUGUAUACAGGACAGGCACAAUUUUUUUUUAUCAUUCACGAACUGUCUAGUGGUACACUGUACAUUGCUUAAUCUUUUCCAGAAUCCUUUUAGUUGUGAGCAUUUUCAUGGUUCAAAAACUCAGCAUUGGAUUAUUAACUUAUUUUUUGUUAAGUUUUUGUGUGAGGGCCACUAGGGAGAAUAAUAGAAUUUUAAAGAUCUUUUAUUAAAACCACUAUUUGCAAAUAGGCUUUUUAUCAUGAUUGUUGCAAUUUAUUAUUAUCAAUUUUUUUUAGAGGGCCACUUGGGAGAAAACGUUUCAUAGUAAUUGGUUUCAUCCUCUUAAAAUGAAGGUUAUAUGGGUUUUGUUUUUGACCUUGCAUGCGCUGUCAGUUUGAAGGAUGUUUUGGGUAUAACGUAUAACCCCAUUCCACCUGGGCAUAAAAAACGAUUUUCACUUAAGGUUGAAAGGAUGCAUUAUUGAUUCGGAAGCUGCAUGACAGUGGUAAUUGGUAGCUGCUGGAGAUUUUGAAGAACAUUUAGUCUUUUAUCAUUUUAAUGUACUCUAGAUGGCUUCCAUAAAAAACGAGGACCAACCCAAGAACGAGCAAAUGGGCCCUCAUCCUAUUACUGCCAUGACGAAGGUUAUUUUAAAAGAGGUUGUAAAGAUUUACUCGUGAAUAUCAUUAAAAAGGUUAGUAACACUUUAGGUUAGUAUGUGUAACCAACUUACAUAGCUGUAAAAGUAUGUGUUAAAAAUUACACGUAAGAUAAUGAUAUUAUUAUAUAUUUUUAAAAAUUUUAUUCAUCAUUAGUCAAUGAAUGAGAUCAUUAAUUUUUUCUUUAAUUGUAACAUUCCUGAAGCUUCUUGUAGAUUGGGAGUUUAGUAUAAUUAAGAGGCUAAACUAGUGAUUUUGGAUUAAAUGCAAUUUGUUCUCUCAUUUAUAGGAAAAUCAGGGAACUAAAAAAGAAACAUCCUCCAAAGCGGGUAAGGAUUAG